UUAUGGUUGCGAUGCUGAUAGCGUCACUACAGUGUUUUAAUUCAGUUAAGGUAGUAAUGCUAGAAUGGACAUUUUUAAAAUAACUUAUUUCUGAUGCCAUAUUUCAGGGGUUUAUCAGUUACGCUUUGUCCUUUGCUGGGUAUAGUAUGCUAGCUAGCUAAAUGGUUGGUGGAAGGAGGUACCAGAAGGGUAGUUAGUUAGCAAGUUAGUUAACCGCUAGAUUGCUAGCCAGGGCUCUACGUAACGCUAGAUAGCUCAGCUAGUUAUCUGUUUGAAAUUACUCAGGUCUGUUUUGUUGGCAGAUGAAUUUUAGAAAAAUAUUUAGCGUUAGCUAGCUCGCUGUCUGAAAUUACUCGGGUCUGCUUAGUUGGCAGGUGAAAACUAGUUCGCCAGCAGAGCUAGGCAAAUUUUGAAAAUGCUUCAGUCAAGAAACGUUAAAAGGAACGAGAACAAUCCAACGAGUCGAGUGAAAGAUGGAGGGAAGACGUUAAUUUCAAAAAAUCGACUCAAGGCCAAAGAAAACAAGGUUUUGGCCGAGAGAAAUCCGGCUGUGGUGGCAGUGGGCGCCUGGGUCGAGACGGGGGACGUGAACCAAUUGCACCCCGCGGUCCGUGCUAUGCUCACUGAGGAGUUGCAUGAAGACAGCCGUCGGGAGAAAGAGGCGAGCCUGCGCCAGUUUCAGGACGCGGUACGCAGACGCGUAUCGCACCAAGCCCGAAUUCGAAAACAGCGGCAGCUGCAGAGGUCAUACGAAAUGGCUGAGAAAGAGUGCAGGGCUGUCCAACAGACCAGCUGCGCAGCCCAGCGCCUCACACCUCGAAAGAGUCUGUUCCCUUCUUGGCUACAAGGGGAACUAGCCAUCUGUGGCCCUGGUCCAUGCUGGGUUGAGCCUCAAGAUGUUGCCCCUAGCACUGAUGACACUAAUGAAUAUCCCUGUCAGUUUAGCAAAGUCAUGAGGCAGGUGAGGCACCGCCUGGCUGGCCAUCAGACGGUUCAAGAUGGGGAGGAUCUGUCAGGGCUUCCGGGAGGAAAAUGGAAGGUAUCCCCAGGAAGAGACAAAUCUGUAUCCUGUGUCAGGAGAGCAGAGGAGGACCAAGAAGAAGAAGAAGAGGAGGAGGAAAUUGAUGGCAGACUCCGAGGGGAGGAAGAGAUUCCGUUAGCAGGGCAGCAUGAUCAUCCACUUCAUAUGCAGAGCCACAGUAGCAAGAAAGUCACGUUUCAGAAUGACCCGGUGGGCACAGGGCUGCUAAGAGAGCCGCAUCCAACAUGCCUGCAAGGCAGAACCGACCACCAAUCAGCUUGGGACCUGUGGCGAGGGGCGGACCAAGAGGAGCUAAAGCGACAGAAACAGUCUCAGUUCCUCAUGUAUCGGCGUCUUUUCAUGGACAUCGAGCGGGAGCAGGUGAAAGAGCAGCAGUGUCACAGGAAACACCUGAAGAGGAUUGCUAGCAUUAAGGCAGAGAAGGAGCUGCUGAGGAGAGAGGAGGAGACGAGACUGGAGGAUAAGAGGAGGAGGGAUGCUGCCGAGAGGGAGCUCCUGAUACUGCAGCGCCUCCGGCUGGAGGAAGAGGAGGAGGAGGGGCAAGGCGUGAAACGGAGGGCCAGGGCAGAGAAGGUCAAAGAGACUGCCAGGUAUGUCGAGGCUAUGCGGGUCCAGAUGAAGGAGAGGUUGGAGAAGGAGGGGGUGGAGCUUCCCCCGCUCUGUUGCUGCGGUGAUGGUUUCUGGGACUCGCACCCCGACACAUGUGCCAAUAACUGCCCCUUUUAUCACAAUCCAAAAGGCUACACACAGGUCCUGUACUCUGUCCUGCUCAGCUGUGACCCAUCUGAAGGUUGUGCCGGCCACAGGGGCCACACAUGGAAAAUCGCCCCCACGAGUACACUGUAGCCCUGGAAGCGACCUUACAUUAACUCUAGGGUCAGACAAUCUGUUUUUCUAUUAUUUUAAUUAGGUUAACAACUUGCUGUAUAUCAGCUUCCCAGGCAACAACAUCAGGGACAUUUUGGGCACCAAGCAUCACAAAUACCUCAGCAUUCGGGUCUUCGGGUUUGCAGAAUUUGAUGCAUUAUGUAGUCUUAAAAUAGUUUUGUGUCAAUUUAUAUCAAAACAUUUUUUUGGUUAAGUGUUGAUUGACAUUUUUUAGUUUCUGCCUAGUAAGGUGUUGCGCUAUUUGUUGGUAUCAUCGCAAAACUACCUUUAAAUGCAGAUUUGUUUUUGUACUCAGUACAUUCAAAUGAAAUUUGAUACAAUGAUGAUUGUGCAAGUUUUGGUAGUAAACCGCCUGACGAUUUAAAGGACUGAAAUAAAAGUACUUUCUCUCA